ACCGCGUUGCGGAACGAAGGGGAGCUCUUUUGUCAAUGAAAUCAGAGUUACUGCCAAAAUGGCAGCUUCGUUUCGAAGUUCGGUGAGUGUGGAUGUCAUUCGCAAACAAUGUCGUAGCUGGACGGUACAUUGUCGAAAAAUUAAUCAGUCAGUGCUGGAAAAAAAACAUGAAGUUACAACUACAACUGAAGAAAAAUCAGGGAAACAAGACAAAAAACUACAGAUUCAGCUAGACCAUUGGGUCUCUCAAGGCUUAGCUGAUGAUUCACUGAACCACAAGAAGCACCCAGGUCGUAUUGUACUUCCCACAGUUACCGUGCCAAAGAGGCUUGCAGAGGCUGCAUCAGUUCUAAUUGAAAAAUAUCCAAUAAAAAACAUCUCUCACAGUGCAGGCAAGUUGGCAAAUUAUCUGUGGAGUCGCCAUGCACCACUGUCUGAUGCUGAAAUAAAUAAGCUUGCCCAGCAGAUGGAACAAGAGAUCAUUGCAGAAAGAAGUAAAAAAGGUAAGGAGAUUCCUGUUCAAAAAGAUGAAAUUCUACAGAAGCUUCGAAGAAAGACAUAUCACUGGAAGCCAGUCAUGUACGAUGCAUACAAGAGUUUACUCCAUCUCACAGCACGGAUGGCAUCGGAUUAUGCAGUCAUUUUGCAGUGUUUUAAUGAGAUAUCAAGUCGUGUCCCUGACUUUGUACCACGAUCUAUUUACAACUUGGGAUCAGGAUUGGGCUCUGUGAUAUGGGCAGGUAAUGUGACUUGGGGCGAGCGUGUGUUUGAGUACUAUUGUGUGGACAAGAGCCAGGACAUGAACACUAUGGCCAGACUUCUGCUUCAAGAUGGAGAAUGUCAGAAGCAAAUGCACAUUCCAGGUGUCACCUUUCGACAAUUUCCUCCAUCUGCUUUUGCAAAUAAGUUUACAAUGGUGGUCAGUGCCUACACCUUGCUGGAGCAUGCUGGGAAGGAGGAGAGGUUGCAGACCAUUGAAGCGCUGUGGCAUAUGACUGAGGACUUUCUGGUCUUGGUAGAGAAUGGAACUGCUGCUGGAUUUUCUUUGAUAUAUGAAGCCAGAAAUCAUCUUCUUCAGAUGGCAGACUCUGCAAACAGUGAACAUUUGCAAGGUUAUGUCUUUGCUCCAUGUCCACAUGAUCAAGCAUGUCCCAGGAUAACGAAUAAAAAUAUACCUUGCUUCUUCAAAACAGAUUUCACGCAUCUGAAAGAAAAUGUUGCCCAGUCAAACAAGGACUUUGUGCGCUAUUCUUAUGUCAUCCUGAGAAAAGGAAGAAGACCAGAAGGUGAGGAAUGGCCACGUGUGGUCCAGGACGUGGUGAUGCCAUCAAAACAUUCCCACUGCCAUUUGUGUUGUGCUGAUGGCUCUGCACAGCAUGUCAUCAUCACACAGACACGACACGGAAAGGACUUGUACAAAUGUACCAGGUAUACUGUCUGGGGAGAUCGUCUUCCUGUCAAGAUUUCUGCAGGACUGAGCCAAAAUGAAGACCACACAAUGGCUGACAAAUCUGGGAAAUACAAUAGUUAGCAUUCUGAAUCCAGGUUAGCUGCAUAAUAAAGCUUAAUAAAGGUCAUGAUAACCACAGCAGGCAGUGAGCUUAGGUCAUGUCCACUUGAAUGGACACCUGUAAUUAGAAUGCCAACAUGGCUGGACUGUUUAGUGUAUGCUGACCAUACCAGUACCUGAUUCUACAUUCAGCAGCCAUGGGAAAGUUUUUUUUUUACUUGGACUUUAAAUGCUUCGUUUAGCAUGAUGACAUAGAACUGGACAUGGUGAUGUGUUUGUAAGUGUGUGAUGCAUGUCAGUUGUGUGGUGUGCUAAUGGACGAUUCGGAAUAAAAUUUGUAACAAUCAAUUUUAA